CCCUCCUCUGCGACACGCCCAGCAGCGCGUCUCCACCGCCCACAAACGACAGGCCGCCUCUCGUGAGAAGUCGAGGUUCGCGCCUGCGCCGCGCCGGCCGGAAGUGCGGGCCGGAGUACACGUUAUCACGCGGCGCCGGCGGCCUGGAGCCGGAAAUCAUGGAGAUUGCACUAGAGGAUUCUCUCAGCACUUGCCUCUCGCCCUCCGUCCAUGAUAUGAUCUGCACACUCGGCUUUGAACUCAGAGAAAACCGAGACAUCAAUAGCAUUGUCACUCAGGAUGGGGACGUGUGCUGGCGGACAAUCACAGAGUGUGUGACUGACGCGGGACCAGCCCAGGGUCUGGAUUUCCGGGAAAGCGUGCGGCUGCUGGGGCCGGUCUGUGAGGCCGUCCACUCACACCUGCUGUCCCUGACCGAGGAGCAGUUUGGGAUGCAGUACACACCCUGGCUCCAGUGGACACACGCCCCAGAGUUAUUCCCGGAAAUCUGUGACGCCUUGGCGAGCCGGCAUGCUCCUGCCAUUUCUCUGAGCUUAAUGAAGCUGACGUCCUGCCUGGAGCGGGCCUUGGGAGACGUGUUCUUGCUGGUUGGGAGAGAGUGCCCCUUCCUCUUACGGGACCUGCUGGCAUCGCAGGAGCUCGCCGACGUCUUCGGGAAGCCCGUGAUGCAGGUGCUGACCGUCCUCGUGGGCUCGCCGAGCGGGCUCAACCUGCGCAACGUCCUGUGGCAUGGCUUCGCAUCGCCCCGGGAGGUGCCUGCCAAGUACUGUUCGACGAUGGUGCUGCUGACGGCCGGACUGGGUCAGCUGCUGCGGAUGUACCUUCAGCGGACUGGACGCACGGUGGCCCCUCGGCCCCUCCUCACUCUCACGGAGUCCGAGGAUUUGCUGGUUUUCCCUGACGUUACUGAUGAGACACUCUCAGUGUUGGAGGAAGUGAUGAAGAAAUCCCCUUUCAUAUUAAAAAUCAUGUUGCCGUAUUGGGAAGUCGCACUGAUGAGGUUCAAGUCCCACAGGUUUGCCGACUGCGCCGUGUUGCUGCUCACGCAGCUGGAGGCCGGCCUCCGGAACGUGUUUGCCGCCGUCAACAGGUGCCCCCGGAGACUGCUGACGGCCGAGUCGACGGCUCUUUACACCACCUUUGACGAAAUCUUGGCAGAGCACCUGGGUGACGGCAGGACCAACCAGCUUCCUCUGCUCCUCGGAGAGCCCGCGAUGGAGUUUCUCUGGGACUUCCUGAACCACCAGGAGGGCCCCCGCGUCAGAGACCACCUGAGCCACGGUGAGGUCAGCUUGCCCAGCUUCCCCAGGGGGGUGGCGGCUCAGCUGCUCUCGUUCUCCCUGGUGCUUCUGCUGAGGUUCGUGGGUGGAGACGCCGCGUCAGAGUUGAAGGAAGCAGCUGCGGUGCAGCCGCUGGUCCGUCUCGCGGCUGGGUACAGCGCCCGCUUCCACCCCGCGGCCCUGCUCCGGAAGCAGGUGCUGGGCUGCGAGACAUGCAUCCGGGGCUGGCCGCUGCCGCCUCCGCCCGAGGAAGCCGGGAGGGAAGCAGCCAGAUUAGAAGAGAAUUCUGAAAUAAGCGCCUGCAACUCUUUAAUUAUAAAAAUCAUGCGUGAACUGUACGGCCACAUCCCUGAGAACCACCGUGUCCUCAGUGACUUGGAGGACGUUCCUGUUGAGAGGUGGCCCCGGCUGCUCCCUGGGCUCUGCGGCAUCCACGUCCCAACCCUGUUCUGGCCCCGAGCCGCGCUGGAGGUGCUGACCCUGCUCAGAGGCAUCAGCUCCCGCUGCGCCCGUGUGGCCCUGCAGGUGGCCGCCUCCUUGGAGCAGAGACAGCGGCAGUGGGCGGAGAAGGCGCUGCGCUCGCGGCAGAGGCGGAACUUCCUGCACAUGCUGAGCAGCACCAAGCUGCUGUCUCCGGCGCUGACCCUGGUGUUGUUGCUGAUCACCCUGGAGCUGCUCAGCGUGCGGGAGGUCCUCAGGAAGACGGCCCGGGGGCACCGGCAGUACCUCAGGUUCCUGAAGGCGCUGCUGCAGUACACGGAGAACCUGGAGGUGCAGAGCAGCUGCGGGAGGAACCAGUGGGGCAGGGUGGUGGCGCUCACGCACGCGGCGCUGCUGAGGAUCCAGGCUUUCGGGGAGACGCGGCAGAUGCUGGUCCACUCGGCCGGGAAGCCCGAGUGAAGGGUCCUGGGAAAGCCCUGGUCAGGGCCCCGUGGGGACCAGAGCUCCGUGGCGGGCCAGCUGGAAAUGCAGAGGUGGGCGGUUCCUGGGACACUCAGUCCCCCUGCAUGAGGCCGUGUCCCCCUCGAUCCAUGCACCAGGGGACACGUUCUGUCAGCUUGUCCCCUUCCGGGUGCCGGGAGGCUCGGCUUCGUGGGCGAGGCGGGCGGCCUGGCCUUGACCACGGAGGACGCUGGUCUGUGGUGAGCAGCCGCUGCGUGGGCAGUGACUGCGCCCGUGGACACUUCCGCCUGCCCUUCGGGUCUGAUUGAUGAGUCCCACUGAACCAGUGUUGGUCUGUAUAAAAUGAUACUAUUUUUGUCAC